AUGACAAUGUCGAUGUAUUCGACGACGGAUAAAAUGAAAAUGUCAGCGCCCAGUUGUUUUCCAGGACGCUACAGUCCAUCCUAUCGAAGUUCGGAGCAAAUGCGACGCUGUAUGCCAAAUCCAUCUAGUCGUUUAUUAGAAGAUGCUUCCCUAUUAUGCAAUUCGUGGUCAGCACGUCAGAAUGGUGAUAUUUUUGCGGGUAUCAACGACGGCAUACUCAGCAGAGCGGAAGCCCUCGCCGCCGUCGACAUACAGAAGCACCAAGCCCAGCAUGUACAUAGCCAAAUGCCCUCCCAAAUCAAGCACGAUGUGAUGUACCAUCAUCAUACAAUGAGUGGCCCCCCGCAACGUCCAUUACAGAUGCACCAUUCAAUGGAUCAAUUGGACAUGCUGGAUCCGACGGGCUCGAUGACAACGUUAGCCCCCAUAUCGGAGUCGCCCCUAACGCCAACACAUCAGCACCUGCACGGUUCCUAUCACAGUAUGAAUCACAUGAUGAGCCACCACCAUCCGGGCACGUUAAGUGGCCACACGGCGGGGCACCAUGGACACUCAGCGGUACAUCAUCCUGUCAUAACGGCGGCUGUGGCAGCCGCUGGCCUGCAUCCCGACACAGACACCGAUCCGCGCGAGCUCGAAGCGUUCGCGGAGCGCUUCAAGCAGCGUCGCAUUAAGCUGGGUGUCACACAAGCGGACGUGGGCAAAGCGUUGGCCAAUCUCAAGUUACCUGGCGUCGGUGCGCUGUCGCAGAGCACAAUCUGCAGAUUCGAAAGCCUGACGCUGUCCCACAACAACAUGAUCGCGCUGAAGCCCAUACUGCAGGCGUGGCUGGAGGAGGCCGAGGCGCAGGCGAAAAACAAGCGACGGGAUCCAGAUGCGCCCAGUGUGCUGCCGGCGGGCGAAAAGAAAAGAAAAAGGACUUCCAUUGCGGCACCUGAAAAGCGUUCCCUGGAAGCCUAUUUCGCCGUCCAGCCGAGGCCGUCCGGUGAGAAAAUCGCUGCCAUUGCCGAAAAGCUGGACUUGAAGAAAAACGUGGUGCGCGUCUGGUUCUGCAAUCAACGCCAAAAACAAAAACGUAUAGUUAGUAGUGUAACACCAUCAAUGACGGGACACGGCUCCGCGGGAUUCGGAUACUGAUAGUCAUUUAUGACGGCAGCAGCAGCAGCAGCAACAGCAA